AUGCAGAGUACCCUACUGCUCGUUGCACCCGCGCUUUAUGCCGCUAGCAUAUACAUGGAGUUGGGCCGAAUCAUCCAUCUAGUCAGGGCGGCAAGAUUGGCAAUAAUCCGGGUGGCAUGGAUGACCAAGAUUUUUGUUGCAGGAGAUCUACUCAGCUUCCUGAUGCAGGCCUCAGGUGCGGGUAUUAUGGUCUCCAAUUCUAAAAGCGCUGGCGAAGAUAUCAUUCUGGGUGGCCUAUUCGUCCAGAUUAUUUUCUUCGGGUUCUUCCUCAUCACCGCUCUCGUUUUCCAGAGGAGAUUAGCCAGACGUCCCACUUCAGAGUCCGCUGAUGAUAACACUCCCUGGCAAAAGCAUAUGUUUGCAUUGCACUUUUCGAGUCUUCUCAUUCUGAUCCGGUCAGGUUUUCGAGUCGCGGAGUAUAUUCAAGGCUCGGAUGGCUUCCUACUCCGAAACGAAGUCUUUAUUUACGUGUAUGACGGAUUGCUAAUGCUUUUUGUAACCGUUGUCUUUCUGGUUAUUCACCCAGGUGAGGUUAGUUUCUUGGGCUGA